UUAAAGGAGAUAGAUAUAAAAUAAAUCUGAAUUGAAGCAUCCAGCGAAGGAGGUAGAGAGUGACCCCCCGUUCUUCCAGCCAGCCCCUCUGGGAACGCAGCUCAUGCAACCCUCAGCUAAGGCAAUGCAAAAGGAGCAAAAGCAACGAGUUGGUGCUGGGAGCCGGCAUGGUCAAUCAAACAGUCCUCAUUGAGCAAGCAAGGCACGUCUGUGUUCUAUUGUUGAGGGCAGACGCCAUGCACAGCCUGUGCGGGGACUAAUGUGAGAGACCCGAGGAAGAUGGCGUAUAUACAGUUGGAACCAAUAAAUGAGGGCCUGUUGUCUAGAAUCUCGGAUCUCUUGCUGUGCAGAUGGACUUGCCGGAACUGUUGCCAGAAGUGUUAUGACUGCAGCUGUUGCCAGUCAAGCGAUGACGAAGUGGAAAUCCUCGGGCCUUUUCCACCACAGACGCCUUCCUGGUUGGUGAGCAAUCGAAGCGACGACAGGGAUGGCGACUCUGACAACGCUGCAACGAGUGAGCCCCCUCCAACCCCUCAGGACGUUUCGCUGGACAGAAGGCGGUCGUCUUCGGAUACAUCCCGAUCCACUUACAGCCUCACAAGACGAAUUUCAAGUCUGGAGUUGAGGCGCCCAAGUUCUCCGCUUAUUGACAUAAAACCUAUCGAGUUUGGGAUUUUAGGAUCCAAAAAGGAAAUAGUUCAACCGUCCAUCCUGAGGAAAACCUAUACUCCAGAUGACUAUUUUAGGAAGUUUGAGCCGCGACUCUAUUCCCUUGACUCUAACAGCGAAGACGUGGACUCCUUGACGGACGAGGAAGUCUUGGCCAAGUACCAGCUAGGCAUGCUUCAUUUUAGCACACAAUACGACCUCUUGCACAAUUAUCUCAUUGUCAGGGUGAUUGAGGCAAGGGAUCUACCUCCCCCAAUUUCCUACGAUGGCACUAGGCAGGAUAUGGCCCACUCGAAUCCUUACGUGAAGAUUUGCCUUUUGCCGGACCAGAAAAACUCCAAGCAGACUGGAGUGAAGCGCAAAACCCAAAGCCCGGUCUUUGAGGAGAGGUACACAUUUGACAUCCCGUUUUUAGAAGCCGAAAGGCGGACCCUGCUGUUAACCACAGUGGAUUUUGACAAAUUUUCACGCCACUGUGUCAUUGGUAAAGUGUCGAUGCCUUUGAGUGAUGUGGACCUUGUGAAGGGAGGACAUUGGUGGAAAGCUCUGGUCCCCAGCUCUCAAAAUGAAGUUGAACUGGGAGAACUCCUGCUGUCGUUAAACUACCUUCCCAGUGCAGGAAGACUGAAUGUAGACAUCAUUAGAGCAAAACAGCUGCUUCAAACAGAUAUGAGCCAAGGUUCAGAUCCCUUUGUGAAGAUCCAGCUUGUUCAUGGUUUAAAACUGGCAAAAACAAAGAAGACUUCUUGCCAGAGGGCUACCAUUGAUCCCUUCUACAACGAGUCCUUCAGUUUCAAAGUGCCCCAAGAAGAACUUGAAAGUGCCAGUUUAGUCUUCACAGUCUUUGGCCACAACAUGAAGAGCAGCAACGACUUCAUUGGGCGGAUUGUGAUUGGCCAGUACUCCACAGGCUCUUCGGAAUCCAAGCACUGGCGGCGGAUGCUGAACUGCCACCGCACGGCUGUGGAGCAGUGGCACACUCUCCGGUCUCGAGCUGAAUGCGACCGCGUCUCCCCGGCUUCACUGGAGGUGACAUGAGGACACCAAUGCUGCUAGCAAGCCACUGAGCAGAUCUAUACAAAACGAGUCACACACACACACACACACACACACACACACACACACACUCACAAUGGAAUCCACAGCAACUCUUAAUGGCCACUGGCAACGGAAAAAUGGUUGCAUUAGCCUCCGUGCCACCUAUUAUUUCAUCCACCCCAUUGAUUGUUUUACUCAGGAUCACAUAUCAACCACUACACCCGCAUCAGAAGGUGAUGCUGUUGUGUAGGACAGUGGAAGCUGCUCAAAGGGUUGUCUGCUAAUACGUUUUCAGAAAUCCUUUGUUGCCUGCUGUGUCAUAGUGCGGUGCAGAUAGCAGACUGGUUAGCUGCGGAAAAGCUUCAUGGUUUCCUCUCCACUACGCCAUACUCUACAUCUCGUGUGAGCAAUUGUAUCGGAAGGUAUCAGAUCCUGUGUGUUAUCCGUGGUGAAUGCGUGGUAGAUUACUAGGAUGUUGUUUUAGCGGUAGAGUGUAUGGUGUAAACACGUCUAAACCCAGUCCUUUCUUUGUCACUGUACUAGCUUAACCAAAUCAGAUAUAACGUUUGCUUCUGUGUCUGGAGUUGUGCGCUUGGGCAGAAUGGGAUGGAGGAAGUCGUCUCUUUCCUGCUCAAUCGCACAUGCUAGCGUUUUGUAAAAUGUUGCAUCAUUCAAGAACCCGCUGGUGUACUGCUAUGAAAGCUGCAAUCCACAGCUGGAUCAACCUAAAGCAUUGCUCUUCAACCGAUUGGUUGGGACCCACCACCUGGUUGCAGCCUGAUCUAAGGCAUAGCUGCCAAGUCUUCCCUUUUUUAAAGGGAAAUUCCCUUAUGCUGAAUAGGCUUCCUCGCGAGAAAAGGGAAAACUUGGCAGCUAUGAUCUAAGGUGGGUUGCAAUGGCAGCGCUACUACCAGAAUUGGGGUGUGUGCAUGUUUGACUUAAGAGUGGGUCCUGGGUCUGAAAAGGCUGAAGACUCCUGCGUUAAAGUCAACAAAGCUCAUUUUGGAGGAGGGAAAUUGUGUGUUGCAGCCUAGUUCCAGUGCUCCAGAAGUGUGCAACGGUCUGGGAUGUGUGAGCUGCCCAAUUUGUUUCCACGGUGCAGGUUCCAUGAGUGUAAAGUGUGUGUGGAGUUGUCCUUUCCCUUGGAAGCGGUGGAGGCAUGGAGGGGCCAACCACUCAGCAGAGUGAGGUUGCACCCUGCAUCCUUGCACCCUGCAGUCUACCUGCUAUCCUCAAGGACAGUGGAGGGUGUUGAAAUCAGAUUCAGCCACUGGCCCAAUCAGCUUCUGGAAGGAGGCAGGUUCCACUUUGUUUUUUUGCUCACUCAAAACAGCCGUAGUAGGGACUUGUAUGCACAUCCACCAUCAUUAGAAUGGGGCACAGGUCCCUCUAGGCUAUGGCUGAACUUGAGUGGAGGCAUCUGAAGGUUUCAGAGAACUGUUUGUGUCAAAUCCCCACCACCCGCAUUUUAGGUACCUUUUGUGGCAACGUUCACAAAAGCCCUAACGCCACGUGAGUUGUAUUUAUAUGUUAUAGUCAAGUUGAUCUUUCCACACACACCCCUUUUGUAUUUCAGUGUGUUGAACUGGUCUUGAGUGUUAAGUCAGCAAAUGUCUGUAUAUUUACCUGCCACAUACAGAAAAGGUGUAGGAAAGUAGGUUGAACCUUCUGUAGUACUGUAGAGAUCAGGGAUGGGGAACCUCAGGCUGCCAGAGAGGCCCCUCUAGGCGUCUCCACAGGGCACACACCCUCCUGAGUCACAGUGCUCACCUGCCCUGCUUUGCAGCCUCCUAUACUGUUUUUGUCUGGCUGGGAUGUGUCCUCGAACUCUGAUAAUGCAAUGUGCCUAGGUGGAGAUGAGAGAAAGGGUAUGUGUGAGUGUGAAGAAACUAGCCCACUGUUCUGUUCGCUUUUGCCCUCUCUCUGCUACUGGUCAUGUGGCCCCUGGAAGGUCACUCAGAAGGAAACGUGGCCCCUGGCCUGAAAAAGUUGCCCCGCUCCUGGAAUAGAUGAGCUGAGCAAAUUGUAUGUAGGUGAGAUUGAACACUUGAACAGCUCGUUUGCUGGGAUCCGCUGUGGGAGAGGGGAUUCCUGCCCUGCCUGUGGGAUUUCCGAGAGGCAUCUGAUUGGUUGCUGUGGGAAAUGGGAAUUUGGGCUAGAUACACUGGGCUCUUAACGCUCUUGUGCAAUUACAAAGAGAACCUGUAUUGGAACCCCAAAAAGAAUAUAAAUUUGGUUCUUAUAAGGUGUAAUAUUCCUGUAUGAAAAUUAACUUAGUAUAUCGCUGUUAACUUUUAUAAGUAGUAAAACCUCUUUCUUUCUUUUUUAAAAAAGAAUUGCACAGAACCAUGGCACAUGGAGACAACAAUCUGAGCAUUUGCUGCAGUAUUCAUGCAACAGAUGUCUGGUAUGCCAGCAUCCAUCAUAAAAGCCGGAACGGGCUGACUUUACUUUGACAGAAAUGUUUGUUGGCUCUUGAGCCCAAUGGAGGGGUUUUGGUUCCUCCUUAUUUUAAAACCAUAGUUUCCCAAAGCGGUGAAUGGACGUGACAAGUCAGCAAAUUCUGUCAAUUUUGUUAGAUGCUUCUGUACAUUCCCCCCAAACCCCAAACAUACUGUCUAAGGAGGUGUAUUUAUGGAAAAAAAUAA